CCUGUGAGUGUGAGUGAGUGUGUGAGGACUUUUCAUAGCGUUGCACCGAGCGUAGGCUACGCCUCCGCCGACCCACACGCACGCGGGUCAGAGUGUCCGGAGACAGGAACACGCGCCUGCGCUGCCAGCCACCGCAAUGGCGAUGCCGCCCAAGCCCGGCGAGCCGCCGAAGCCCUCGCCGGGGCGCGGCCCCAACCUCAGCCCCAACCCCAACCCCAACCCCUGCCCGCUCCCGCCCAUCCCCAGCGGCCCCCAGCCGGGCCAGGCCCCCGCGGCGGCGGCGCCGCCGCGGUCCCACCACCGCCGCGCCAGAUCUGAGAUGCCCUUCCGCUUCCCGGACGCCGACGGCGGGGGCUUCGACGAGAUCGGCUCCGAGGACGACCUCUUCUCCACGUUCAUGGACAUGGACAAGAUCGCCGGCGCCGCCCGCGACCGCGCCGCGGAGACGUCCUCCUCGCCGCCGCGCCCCACCAAGCACCGCCACAGCGCGUCCUUCGACGGGUUCGCCAUGGGCUGCGGCGGGCCGGGGGGCCAGCAGGAUGGCGGCGGGGGCGGGGGGUUGUUCGCCGACGUGCUGGAGGCUAAGAAGGCCAUGUCCUCCGAGCAGCUCUCUGAGCUCGCCUCCGUCGACCCCAAGCGUGCCAAGAGAAUUCUAGCGAACAGACAGUCUGCAGCUCGGUCAAAGGAAAGAAAGGCUCGAUAUAUAACAGAAUUAGAGCGGAAGGUUCAUACUCUUCAGACGGAGGCUACCACUCUUUCGGCACAACUGACGCUAUUUCAGAGAGACACAACAGGACUUUCCGCAGAAAAUACAGAGCUCAAGAUUAGGUUGCAGGCCAUGGAACUGCAAGCUCAACUGCGUGAUGCUCUGAAUAAUACACUCAAGCAGGAACUGGAGAGGCUUAAGAUUGCUACGGGUGAGAUGACAAAGCCUGAUGAAGCAUAUAAUACGGGAAUGCAUCAUGUCCCAUACAACCCGUCUUUCUUCCAGCUUUCUGAGCAACAUGCACCUCAGCACCAUUCAAGUGUUCACCAGCUGCCAUCCCAAUUCCAACCACCUCAUCCCAAUGUCCCAAGCCACCAGAUGCUAUCCCACCCAAACACGUUCCCAGAUAUGAUGCAGCAAGACUCACUUGGGCGGUUCCAGGGGCUGGACAUUGGCAAAGGAUCAGCGGCCGUGAAGUUGGAGGCAGAGGCUGCCGUGAGGUCAGAGGGUAGCUCCAUAUCUGCAGGUGAAAAGUAAUAUCACCUUCUAAUUAUGGACCUACGUGCAAACAAGCACUCCUUUCAUUUAGAUUUAUUUGUUCAUAGUCUUACAUCCUCAAACUGGUUUCCUUGUCCUGCUAGGCAUAAUUUUUAUCCAAUUCUUUCUAUUUAUGAGGUGUUGUUUGGUUGUAGGGAUCUAGGUAGUUUUGUUUGGGUUCAUUUCCCAUGUGUCGUGUUGUUUCGAAGUUAGGGGGACUGGGUGAUCAGUCUGUUUUCUUUGAUUACCAUGUAGACAAUCAAUCAUGAGUUUUCCAUUUGAAAUUUACAUUUUUCUGUUGA